AUGUCAGAACUUUUCAUGCGUGUUCAGGAGCAGGAACUCAACAUGUUGCCGCGUGUUCAGGAGCAGUGGAUAGAGAUUGCAUUUGACGAGACCCAGGAGCCAGUAUCCAUGCAGACAACUGCAGAAACGGCUCAAGUCAUGGUGCUUCACAUGAAGUUUUUUCGGCUGCCAGCCCGGGGCGCAAAACUUCACGUGUUCAGAGUGGUGUUGCCCACCGUGGUGCUGCCAGGCACGACCACUGCCGACCUCCUCGGUGGCUUGUUGGCACGCGUCCCCGUAGCUUUGGAGCAGCUCAAAGCCGUCGCUGAUAGAACCACCUUCUUGUUGAACACUGACAGUUUCGGCAGCUGCCUAAAGUUGGUGAAGUGUUUGCAAACAAGUCAUGCCUGCCUGAGCUGUCCGUGCCGUAUGCACCAGUUGUGCUUGUCAAUGACGGCAAGCAUUGCUCAAUCCGGCUUGAUGGCAUCCUUGUUUUGCAGUGCGCUGCUGCUGCGGAGGUCACGCUUGCAGAAAACGCUCCGUGCCAGACUGAAGCGCUUGGUGUUUGAGAAACUCCGCAUCGAGUACGAGCCGCCCAGCUCUUCGGCUGUCAGCCAUGCCAGAGCAGUGUGGGACUUGAUUUGGCCUUUGAUUCAAGCGCGGCACGACAAGGACAAGCGCGUCACCACUCCAAGAGCCCAGGCAUGGCGCAGGCUGCGCAAAAACCUUUGUGGCCCCUUGGAUGACACGACCAGUGUGGUGCAUUACUGUCCAUACGGAUGUCACCACUCCAGGGAUGAGGCGGCUUCAGAGAUCUUUGAGGACUUGUGCGUUGUCUUCCUGGACUCCCCGCCUGUGGUGCCGGCUCUGAACAAGUGGACAAAGCUCGCCCCGCCGGUGAUGUGGUUUUCUUGCUUCCUGCAGGUUCAUGGUUUGCUCGCCCAGUGCUUGCAGCCGAUGAUAGAUGCAAAUGCUGCAAACGUGUCGCUACCGGUGCUGUGUGGGGAUGAGGAGAUCGAGCAAGACACAGAGGAGCAAGGGUGCGGUUUCGGAAACUUCGAAAAGGAAGAGGCCGCAAGGUUUCGGAAGUUUGCUCGGUUCGCCACCUGCCCAGAAGUAGGGCCCAAACUGGCGGCGACGCUGCUCUCAUUGCUCCCAGGUCUAUCUAUCAUGGGAAAAUUCUUCGACUCUGCGGAGGAGUGUGCUGACCCAAGCACAAGUCAUGCAGCAACCACCCUGAGUUUCACUCAGGCUUCGCAGUCGCCUGCUGUCAGCACGAUUGAAGUUUUGCUGUCUGCCUUGUCCUCUGAACAGAGCUCGCACUGGCUGUCACUGUGCCUUCCGGGUUCUGCAGGCUGGGAUGCCAGAAGGUUCCAAUGUGCAGCAACACCAGCAUGGGUGCAGGUUGGCCAGUUGUACUCCAGGUUGGUGAUGCCUUUCAGUGCAUGGCCUUUCAAGGCAGGCCGCAUGCUGGAGCCAGGCGUCUCCCGCCAAACGCAAGAGGCCUUGGCGAAGGAGUUGUUGGGGUUGUGCGAGCACCGCGACCCGUACAUUUCCUUCAUGAAGCAAGGCUUGGAGGAGGUCGACGACGUGCUGUCCCCUGACAACUUACUGCGAAUGAAGCACCUUCUGGAGGUUGCUCCUGUGACAAACAUUGUGAGCGAAAAGUCAUUCGCAGGUUCCCACACCCGCCGAAUGGCGGAUCACGGUCAAAGUCCGAAGUUGCCAACGCUGGCUGCGCAACAUGUGUUGGCCCAGAGCAAAAGUAUUUUGGACAGCGAGGUUUUUUCGGCUGUCAGCCAUGAAACGGCAGAAGCAGGGACCAAGACCAACAGCAACGGCUGGUCUGAGUUCCUGCGCGCCAACCAUGCAACUGGUCAGAGCAUGCGGUCGUUAGCCGACAAGUGGGGGGCGCUCAGCCGUGACGAGAAGGCUACGUUCACUGCUGCAGCCAAGACGCGGCGACCGCCAGCCUCACCGCAGCUGGCGCCGCCGCCACAGCUGGCGCCGCCAGCGCAGCAGGCGUUGCCCAGAAGACCUCCUGCUUCUACUAGUACUGCCUGGCCUCACUGUGGAGACGACUUCUACCCAUUGCGCCAAGAGGGCUUGGAUGGCAUGGCUGGAGCAGUCCGCUCCCUAGCUGCCAACUGGGUGCAGCGUGUAGGGGAUGGCCCAUGCAAGCCUGCCCAGGCAGUUGUUGAGGACUGCGGAGCUUGGUGUCGCGGCCAAGUUUGCUUCAAAAAGCUGAGUGACUCUCGCCAGCAGGCUUUGGAGUACAUGCGUGUGAAGCUGAACCGAUUCGCUGCCUUCUGCAAGGAGAAAGCACCUGUCUUCGACGACAUGUGGCAGAUCCUCCCGGUUUUGCAUGUGAACGUGCGAAAUCCGGCUGGCGCCGGCUCCAGUGCAGACCGACCCUGCGGUGUCACCUUGCUGCAGCUCUGCCCGCUGCACGACUCGCAAGUGUUCUGCUUGUCUGAGAAAUCCGACAUACCAGCUGUGGGCACUGUGCUGGAGUUUCAGCCCGACUUGUGCAACUUGCGAGGAGCAGUCGAGGUUAUGCAAUUCUGCGCAUCAUUGCAGCUGCAGCAGUCGAUGGACGGUUUUGCAGACUCUGUGCAAUGUUUGCGCCUGCGCUGCGAGCACCAGGGUUUGACGACUUUGAGAGUCACCGCCAUUGAGGACAUGGCAGGCAUGGAAGCAGAAGCAGCACACAGAAGAAGACGCGACAAGGAUGCCGCCAAAGUCGCAGCAGCUCUUUCGCGGCUGCAUGAUGCUGCGCUGCUGCAGCCGAAGCGCCGACGCAUUACUUCCAAGCGAGCAGAUACAACGCAUCAACCAAAGCGGCACGUUAUCCCUGCGCAAUCUUCCGGCUGUCAGCCAGAGGCAGGGGCUAGCGAAGAUGCUGAGCAACAACAAGAAUUGUGUGAGUGGGAUGAGGAACUAGAUGCAAGCGCAGUGGCUGCAAAUGGUGCGGAUGCGUACGCGGCCCUGGAGCAAGAAAUUUUGGAAGUGGGUGCGUCCGCCGAGGACUUAGUGGAGAUGAGAGAAGCGUCAGCGGCAGAUGGACGCGAGGCAUUGCAAGAACGCGGGGAGAAUGGGCCUGCUCAAGUCGGGCAGACGGUGCAACAAGCAGCGAGACUUGUGCGCAUGGACCCUGCGACUGGUCGUGUUUUCCGCACCGACACUGAGCCCAACCAGUAUAUAGGAAGGAUGACGCAGAUCAAAGUCAACACACCGCAGGAGGCCUUUUCCGUUUACUGUUCGCUUCACGGCUGUCAGAUCAUGCGCGGCAUCCGCCGUUGCCCAUCAACAGACGAACUCCUGCGAUGGUUCGAAGAGGGCCUGCAGUUGCCCAAAGGCAAAGACGCUGCGGUGCAAAGAAAACACAAAAGUUCGUUCCCUGAAGCCGAGCCAUCGGCGUGA